CGGGCCCCGCGGCUCCGGAGCCAUGAACUUCCAGGCGGGCGGAGGACAGAGCCCGCAGCAGCAGCAGCAGAGCCUGGCGGCUCCGGGGGGCGGCGGCGGCGGCGGCGGCGGCGGCGCGGGGGGAGGCGGGCAGUUCGGCGGCGCGGGCCCCGGAGCCGGGGGCGGAGGCCCCUCGCAGCAGCUGGCCGGCGGACCCCCUCAGCAGUUCGCGCUCUCCAACUCGGCGGCCAUCCGGGCCGAGAUCCAGCGCUUCGAGUCCGUGCACCCCAACAUCUACGCCAUCUACGACCUGAUCGAGCGCAUCGAGGACUUGGCGCUGCAGAACCAGAUCCGGGAGCACGUCAUCUCCAUCGAGGACUCAUUUGUGAACAGCCAGGAGUGGACCCUGAGCCGCUCUGUGCCAGAGCUUAAAGUGGGCAUAGUGGGGAACCUGUCUAGUGGGAAGUCAGCCCUGGUGCACCGCUAUCUGACAGGGACGUAUGUCCAGGAGGAGUCUCCUGAAGGGGGUCGGUUUAAGAAGGAGAUUGUAGUGGACGGCCAGAGUUACCUGCUGCUGAUCCGAGAUGAAGGAGGCCCCCCUGAGCUCCAGUUUGCUGCCUGGGUGGACGCGGUGGUGUUUGUGUUCAGCCUGGAGGAUGAAAUCAGCUUCCAGACAGUGUACAACUACUUCCUGCGCCUCUGCAGCUUCCGCAAUGCCAGCGAGGUGCCCAUGGUGCUGGUGGGCACACAGGACGCCAUCAGUGCCGCCAACCCCCGGGUCAUCGAUGACAGCCGGGCGCGCAAGCUGUCCACAGACCUGAAGCGCUGCACCUACUACGAGACGUGCGCAACUUAUGGGCUCAAUGUGGAACGAGUCUUCCAGGACGUGGCCCAGAAAGUGGUGGCCUUGAGGAAGAAGCAGCAGCUGGCCAUCGGGCCCUGCAAGUCCCUGCCCAACUCGCCCAGCCACUCAGCUGUGUCCGCUGCCUCCAUUCCAGCCGUGCACAUCAAUCAGGCCACGAAUGGGGGCAGCAGCGUCUUCAGCGAUUACUCGUCCUCAGUCCCCUCCACCCCCAGCGUCAGCCAGCGGGAGCUGCGCAUCGAGACCAUCGCUGCCUCCUCCACCCCCACGCCCAUCCGCAAGCAGUCCAAGCGGCGCUCCAACAUCUUCACGUCUCGAAAGGGUACUGACCUGGACCGUGAGAAGAAGGCUUCUGAGGGCAAGGUGGACAGUAUUGGGAGCGGCCGGGCCAUCCCCAUUAAGCAGGGGAUCCUGCUGAAGCGGAGCGGCAAGUCCCUCAACAAGGAGUGGAAGAGGAAGUAUGUGACACUAUGUGACAACGGGCUCCUCACCUACCACCCCAGCCUGCACGAUUACAUGCAGAACAUCCACGGCAAGGAGAUCGACCUGCUGCGGACAACCGUGAAGGUGCCAGGGAAACGCCUGCCACGAGCCACACCUGCCACUGCCCCAGGCACCAGCCCUCGUGCCAAUGGGCUGGCCAUGGAGCGGAGUAACACUCAGCUGGGUGGGGGCACAGGAGCCCCCAACUCGGCCAGCAGCACGUCCCUGCACUCUGAGCACCCACUCAGCAGCUCAGCCUGGGCGGGCCCAUGCCCCGAGGGGCCGCACCUGCGCUCCAGCUCCGUGUCCAGUGCUGACCAAUGGAAUGAGGCACCUGCCCUGCCUUCCAGUACACAGCACCCUGCCAGUGGCCCAGCUGAGGUGCUCAGUUCCAGCCCCAAGCUGGAGCCUCCCCCAUCUCCCCACUCCAACCGGAAGAAGCAUCGUCGGAAAAAGAGCACCGGGACCCCCCGACCAGAUGGCCCCAACAGUGCUGCUGAAGAGGCAGAAGAGUCCUUUGAGUUUGUGGUGGUGUCCCUCACUGGGCAGACAUGGCACUUUGAAGCUUCAACAGCAGAAGAGCGGGAGCUGUGGGUGCAGAGUGUGCAGGCCCAGAUUCUCGCCAGCCUGCAGGGCUGCCGCAGUGCCAAGGACAAGACGCGGCUGGGGAACCAGAACACGGCUGUGGCUGUGCAGGCUGUCCGCACGGCCCGGGGAAACAGCUUCUGUAUUGACUGUGAAGCCCCCAAUCCAGACUGGGCCAGCCUGAACUUGGGUGCCCUGAUGUGCAUCGAGUGCUCAGGGAUCCACCGACAUCUGGGGGCUCACCUCUCCCGGGUCCGUUCCCUGGACCUUGAUGACUGGCCCCCUGAGCUGCUGGCUGUCAUGACUGCAAUGGGCAAUGCUCUGGCCAACAGUGUCUGGGAGGGAGCCCUGGACGGCUACGCAAAGCCGGGACCUGAGGCCUGCAGAGAGGAGAAGGAGCGCUGGAUCCGGGCCAAGUACGAGCAGAAGCUCUUCUUGGCCCCGCUGCCGAGCUCGGACGUGCCGCUGGGCCAGCAACUGCUUCGGGCUGUGGUGGAGGAUGACCUGCGGCUGCUAGUGACGCUGCUGGCCCACGGGUCCAAGGAGGAGGUGAACGAGACCUAUGGGGAUGGCGAUGGGAGGACAGCCCUGCACCUGUCCAGUGCCAUGGCCAACGUGGUCUUCACACAGCUGCUCAUCUGGUAUGGUGUGGACGUGAGGAGCCGUGAUGCCAGGGGCCUAACCCCACUGGCCUAUGCUCGCCGUGCUGGCAGCCAGGAGUGUGCAGACAUCUUGAUCCAGCACGGCUGCCCUGGGGAGGGCUGUGGCUUAGCCCCCACCCCCAACAGAGAGCCUGCCAACGGCACCAACCCCUCUUCUGAGCUGCACCGCAGCCCCAGCCUCCUAUGAGACCCAGGAAGAGGGCAGAGGGACCAGAAGGACUGCGUUGUCUGGGGCCCUCCUCCAUGCACAUCCUGGGGGAAACGGACACCAAGGCUGAGAUGCAGGGAUGCACGCGGCAAGCAAGAGGAGAGGAGCCAGAGUGAGGGAGGAGAGUCAAAGUGGAGGAAAGGUCUGGAACUCAAGCUGCAGCAGAACGGGAGUUACAUGUUUUGCCCUCUGCCCUAUGGUGCCAUUGAGAAGGGACAGGACCCUUUGGAGGUGCCUGUGAGGAGAGGGGGGCAGGACCUCUCCCUCCUCCAGACCCCCGCCUCCUCUUGCCAGCUCUCAUAGCCUUCAUCUUGCAAUGGGAAAGGACAGGACACAGGAUGGGGGUGCUGGAUGAAAGCGACAAGGGGGUGAUCUGUGAGUCCCAUGUAAAAUUUGUACAUUGGAAUAUUUAUGUUUGUGUACAUAUUUGGUGUGCGUGUAUGAUGAGCCAAUAAACCAGACUGUGCGUGUCCUCGU